UCUGUAACUAACAACGCCCGGUAGUUUGCCAGGAGGCAUCGCAGAUCGUCAAACCGAGCAUGAAACGAUUCGACAGACCAGAACUCGACUCGACCUCUACCCCAAUCAAAUAUUCAACUUGGGCGGGUACGCAAUGCCCAUGACGGGCUGAACGGCUGUCACAUCCUCUCAGCCAGGAGUCGAGAGCAACAGAAAACGAUAGGAAAGCCGACUCCGGUCCUCGACCCCGAUUCUCGACGACCGCCAGCGACAACCACAAUGGAUCAAGCCGAUAUCCCCGCGCUUCUUGCGCGCCUUGCCUCAGACGAGGAUGCCGCCCGCAAAAUGGCAGUUUUCAAGUUGCAGUCGUCCAUCAAUGACCCGGCAUUCGCCGACGUCUUCAUCUCGUCGGGCGGGCUCAUCAUCCUUCGCCGCUUGAUCAUGACCGCGGGCGGCAACACGCUGGCAUACUCGCUUCAGAGCCUCACCCGUCUUCUCGAGGUCGACAUGGGCUGGGACAUUUUCGAGGGCCCGCAGGCCGGGGAUCUGGUGGAACGCAUAGUCGAGCUGAUUGUCACCAACCCGCUGGUCAACAUCCUCCGCGGUGCUAUGUCGAUUCUCGUCGCUCUCGUGUCCCACUCGCAGUCGUCGCCCCUUCCUCCUUCCUCUCCGCCGGGCAACAACCCCCUUACUCCGACGCGCGGCGGCGCGGCGGCCCGCGCACCCGGGACUUUUGGCUUCCGCGCCCUCAAGCCUGCCGUCGCCGUCUAUCCACAAUUCUUCGAGCUGGUCAUCCAACAAUUGCAGAGCGCCGACCACGCCCUGUGCGCCAACGCGCUGAUGCUGAUUAAUGCGUUGAUUCGGGAUGCCGUGUCCAACGACUACAGCAGCGCGACGGUCGCCGCUGCGGUCGCCGGGUCCGGGCAGUCGACCAAAGCUUCAUCGGCGGCCGGCGAGGAGUGGAGCAAGUUCAUAAAGCGGCUGCAGGAUCUGGGGCUGAUACGCGCCGUGUACAACUUGUUGCAGAGCUCUGCGCUGCAGGACCUGGCCCACCCACUGCUGGAAUUCCAGUCCCUGACCAAAGUGCUGCUGAGGAAAUGGAGAGAGGUGCGGGUCGAUCUGGAGAGACCCGAGCACAGGAGGGCUCUAAAGGGGCUGCAUCUUGCCAGUGCGCCUGACAGGAGACAUGCCAAUGGCGCGUCUGGCGCGUCUGGCGCGGCGGCUACCCUUUCGGCCCCGGCCGUGGACAAUGGAGGAGAUGCUGCGAAGAAGGGCAGCAGGAGGCAUAAUCCCGAGAAAUGGCGGCGCCUGGGGUUCGAAACGGAGUCGCCUGCACUCGAGUUUGAGGCGGCCGGCUUCCUGGGCUUGAUGGACUUGACCGACUAUGUGAGGAAGAACGAGGACGGGUUCCAGAAGUUGCUGCUUGAGCAGUCGACCAGGCCGCUGAACGAACGGUGUCCCAUAGCAAGGGCCAGUCUCGCUGUCACAAUGAUUCUCUACGAUCAUUUUGAGGUGGAAAAGGCCGAUUUGGAGGAUAUUAGGGGCUUCCUCGCUCUGAACGACCCCAAGACCAAUGACAAGCUUUUCAGGCCCUUGCUGCUCCAGUGGUCGCGGCUUCACACGGCGGGUCUGCAUGCCUUCUUCCGUAUGUGGAAGGCAACGGGUGCGCAACGUGAUGACUUUGACAAGGUCGCAGAACUGGUGCGCGUCCUCAUCGAACAGGUGGUUGGACAGGCCAGCAGAACCAAAGAUGUCCUCGAAGUCGAGGACGACUUGCAAGAGUACGACGCCGCUCGGCUGAGGGAACUGCAGAUGGAACUUGUCGAGCUUACGUUCGAGGAUCAAUGGGGACCUCACCUCUUCCAGGUCCGUGAGGAGCUUAAACACGAGGCUCUCCAGUUCGUCAAGGAGCAGCGCAUCCGCUGCUUGCUCCAAGGCAGUUGGUUCUCGAAACCGAUGCCGCGGAGCAACAACAGCAGCGGCACGGCCAACCAAGAUGGCUACCAGAAACGGCGACUGUACCAGCCGUGGCGGUUUGCCAAAUUAUCGCACAACCGGCGAUACCUACAUUACGCCGAUUUCCCAGAGAAACUAGCAUACGACCCGGGGCUGGACACGCUGACCGAGAAAGUCGACCUCGGCACGAUCACCUCGGUGGUCUCCAACGUAUCAGCGCCCAACGAAGCGGAGGGGUUAGGAGAGACGGAAGGCGGCAGUAACGCCUCUGCAAGCACAACGACAAUACGGAACAACGGCGCGGCAAUACCAAAUAAACCAACCACAAAGAUCACGAUAUACAGUUUUGCGGACGACUCGCCAACGAAACCGGACGGAACGGCUACUCCCUCGGAAGCCUCAGCAUCAGCCGCGGGACGGGUCGGUGGCGGUGAAGGAGGGGGAGGAGGAGGAAGCGAACCAAAGGAGCAGCCCGUCCUGACACUCUUCCCGCUGAAUCACAGCGUUGCCUCGGAGUGGCUCGACGGCCUGCUCAUGCUGCUCAACCAGGCGCCCAUCACGUCCGAGACCAACAAGCUCGUGAGGCUGGUGAGCGAGUACGGCCUCAAGAUCAGGCUCUUGAACGUCAGGCUGGAGCAGAUGUAUGCUGGGCCGGGCCACGGCGCUGGGAUAGUCCCCAGCCGGGAGGGACUGGAUGAGGACUAUUUUUACGAGAUCUAAUUUGAUAUGGUUUUUAGUUUUCCUUUUUCUUCCUUUUUAUUUCUGCUCGUUCUCUUCUCGGUCAAAUAAUUGUUCUUGUUCCUGGGCGGCAGAUACCCUACGUAUACAUACCCUCUACUUUUCAUGACAUUUACGCUCAAAUGAUAGGUAGUAUCCUAAUGAAGGCGGUUCUCGAUCUGAAAUCCACACACAGCAGGAUAGUAUCAUAGAGGAGAAACCGCUAAC